GCUGGUUUAAAUGGUCUUUGUGAUGCCCAGACUCUCGCAGCCCUCCGUCUCUUUAUUUUAACACUAAACAACCAAAAUGUAUGCCAGGUACGUUAGUGUCACCUCUCACCUGUGUGCUCCGCUGCUCUAGACGUGUCUUCUUCUGUUGUUUUAACAGCCGCGGCGCUGUGUUAUGUUGUUAGCUCGCUGCUAGCAGCUUUAGCUCCUUUGUCGGUUUCUUUGUGCUGAAAUGAUCCAAAUCUGCUCCAAUCUGCUCUCAGAUCUCAGAGCCGCUGAUUACUGAGCUUCUCACAGCACAAUGAAUGUUAUUUCACUAUAAUAAUCAACAGUUAAGAUGGAAGAAAACCAGUAUACAUCACUGACGGUUCCCACGGAUUAUUUCCAGCAGUGGUACCAGUCCAGCCAGCAGCACCCUGAGGCCCAGUAUCUGCUGCCAUACCACAACAACGGUCACUACUCAGAAGGAGCCAGAGACGAGCCGGUGAUGACGGAGCUCUCCGUCCACCGAGAGCCGUCUGCUUACCACGAGUCCUUCCACCAGAACUACAGCGCCCCGGCCCAGAACCACUACCAGGAGCUCAGCUACCAGUCCAGCGCCCCGGAGCAGCAGCAGCAGCAGCAGCAGCAGCAGCCUGCUGCGUACCUGCACCACCCGCAGCACCAACACACGAUACAGCAGCAGGAGGCCGGCGGCCAGCACCAACCGCAGCCCGCUGGCCCGCCGCAAGUUGUGACUCCGGUGAAGAAGAAGCGCGGCCGGCCUCCGAAGCAGCAGGCGGAGGAGGGGAAGCUGCCGGAGGAGGAGAGCGAGAUCGAAGCCGCCAAAAAGGCGAAGAGGGCUCUGAACCGCUUCAACGGCAUGUCGGUGGCCGAGGUGAUGGCCAAGACGCUGCCAGACGUCAUCACCUACAACCUCGAUAUCCUCAUCAUUGGAAUUAACCCAGGACUAUUGUCAGCCUACAAAGGACACCAUUACCCAAACCCAGGAAACCAUUUCUGGAAAUGUCUGUUUCUCUCUGGUCUCACUGACGAGCAGCUCAACUACAUGCACGACCACAGCCUGCCCGAGAAAUACAGCAUCGGCUUCACCAACAUGGUGGAGAGGACCACGCCGGGCAGCAAGGACCUCUCCAGUAAGGAGAUCCGUGAAGGAGGCCGACAGUUACUGGACAAGCUGCAGAAAUAUAAACCAUUAAUAGCUGCUUUUAAUGGAAAAGGUAUUUAUGAAAUCUUCUGCAAAGAAACUUUCGGUGUGAAGGCGAAGAACCUGGACUUCGGUCUGCAGCCGUACAAGAUCCCAGACACUGAAACGGUGUGCUACCUGAUGCCCUCCUCCAGCCCCCGCUGUGCCCAGUUCCCCCGGGCUCAGGACAAGGUUCACUUCUACAUCAAGCUGAAGGAGCUGCGUGACGAGAUGAAGGGCCUGGCGCCCGGACAGGAGGUGGAGGAGACCAAGUACUCCUUCGACCUGCAGCUAGCCAAAGAGGAUGCGAAGAGGAUGGCAAUCAAAGAAGAGCAGCUGGACCCGGAGUACGAGAGCUGCAGCGGGCUGCACGGAGACACCAUGCAAAGCAGCAACUCCAACUAGAAGAGACGGAGGAGAGGAGGGAAAAAACAGGCCUGUCUGCUGUAGCACACAGAAACGGACACUGUAGGCCAAAAAGCACACAACAUGACCGGGAACCACUGCAGCUGGAGAGGUUUUGCUCAACAGACACCAGAUAUCAGCUGUACUAGUAGCAUGAUGCAUCAUGGGAGGAGAAGCUCUCUGAUGACACCACAAGCAGAAGGAAGCCUCACCACGUGACGCACAAGGCCGGACGAGCCACCAUGGUUACAUUUUCUAACUCUCCAAACAGACUGUGCAUGUUUUUGGUGUUAUUUUUUAUCACUAUUUAUUGCAUUUUGUAUGGUACAUGUGUCCAGUGACUUAUUUUUGUAUUUUUAAAAGAAUGACAUUUUAUGAUUUAUCAGCUGUAUAAAUAGUUAAUUGCACUCUGGAAUUUCUAAUCUGUAAUUACAGAGUUAUUAAAUCUCUUCUAAAGCUGGAA